AUGGUGAAGGCUACGUUCAACCUCAAAGUACAUGCAUCUAUGGCCGUUGCGCGGGCGCGGAGAUCUAGCCGCCAGCAUAUCCCCUUGCUUCCCCCGCUACAGCUUUACAGACGCAUCCUUCGGGAGCAUCAGAACCUUCCAGCUCCCCAAAGGGAACUCGGAGAUCAAUAUGUGAAGAACGAGUUCAAGCUUCAUAAGGACACAUCGAACCCGCUCCACAUCGUUGGAUUCUUGGCCAGUUGGCAAGACUAUCUGCACAUAAUAUCCAAAGGUGAAUGGCAAGAGGGCACUAUGUCGUCAGAGGUGAUAGACAAGAUGUCGCCCGACCAAGUUAACCAGCUUUACACUCUCAUGAAGGAGGUUGAAGGACUCCAUAAUGAGAAACCAGAAUGA